AUGAAUUAUGGGUGUGGUUCUUGUGGACCAAGAGGCUUUUAUGGAGGAACUUUAGAACACUUAAAAAUUGAGGAUAAGUUAAUGAAAUUCUUUAAUACUAAUGACGCAUUAGUUUAUAGUUAUGGAAAUAAUGUAAUUACUUCUAUUAUUCCAGUUUAUGGAGGUGUUGGUGAUGUGAUUAUUGUUGAUGAAUGCUGUAAUUAUCCAAUUCAAUUAGGGUGUAGAUUAGCAAAGAAAGCAAAAGUUAUUAAAUUUAAACACAAUGAUAUUGAAGACUUAAAAAAACAAGUUGCAGAGGCUAAAAAAACAUUAGUAUUUCCAAAUAAAAUUUCCAUAGUUACUGAAGGAGUUUUUCAAUGUGACUAUUCUAUUUCUCCAUUGAAAGAAAUUUCUGAAUUAAGGUCUAGUAAUGUACUUCUUAUUGUUGAUGAUUCACUUGGUGUUGGAGCUAUUGGAGCCACUUUAAAAGGAUCAAUGGAAUAUGCUGGAUUAACUAUGAAUGAUAUUGACAUUCUUAGUGGGUCUUUGGAAUUUGUGUGUGAUACAAUUGGAGGAUUUGUUGUUGGUAAGUACUCUGUUAUUGAUAAACAAAGAUUGUUUGGAGCUGGGUAUAUAUUUUCUGCUUCUGCCCCAACAUUUAGUUGUACUGCAGCUUGUAUUGCUCUUGAUGCUUUUGAGAAAAAUGGUGUUGAUAUGGGUAUUAGAAUAAGAGAACAAAGAAAUAAGUUUAAUCAAUUAAUGCAAGAAAAAGCAAAAAAUAUUCAAAUUAUAGGAAAUGAUUCCACCCCUUAUGUCUUAUUGAAUUGUGAAGGAAAAAAUGAAGAAAUUGUGAAAGCCUUAAGAGAAAAAGGAUAUUUUGUUGUUCUUCAACAGCAUUUAGAUGAAGAUUGGUGCCAAAACAAAUAUAUUAGGUUAUGUGUUGGUAAAGAUUUUACUCAAGACAAGAUGAUAGAAUUUAUUAAUAUUCUUUCCAAUUAUUAA